UCGUAACGGACACCAUUUAUGUUAUUGGAUUGCUUUUAGGUGUAUCGUCAUUUAGAUGGUAGCUAAAUUAGCUCGUAGAUAGCUAUCCCCAUGUCUUUAUAUAUAUUCCCUGGUUUGGCAGGUCUAAUCGAUUGAAGAAACCGGGUCGGAUUGAUGAUCGACUCCUAAAGCACUAGGUGUUGGCUAAAGUGACAACAUAUCCAUAGCGUUAUGUGUUGACGUUUAUGGGUAAGAAGAGGUGGUUCCGUGACGCCUAGCCUCCGUGAAUAGGGCUUUUUGGUCGUCCCUAUUUCGCAUUUGGCGUGCUUCUAUCGAAGAACCGAUCGCAUGAAUUUACUUUUUUGCAAUAGAAAGUUAGCCAGUUAGCUCACGGCCAAAGCUAAUUACACUUAGCAUGGCGUCAGACACAAGUGACACAGAGGAGUUCUACGAUGCCCCGGAGGACGUCCAUUUCUCCCCAUCUCCAAAAGUGUCACCUGCCAAGUUUUUCGGGCCUUUGCCUCAGGAGUCUGUGGUCCCCACCCAGGAAGAGACUAGCAGAUCAUCGCCGUCAGAACCCCAAGAUGAUUCCCUUCAGAUAAUCGACAGCAUCAUAGAGGAGAGCCAGAAAGGGAGUGCCGGGGAGGUGGACCAGCUGUUGGAGCGGCUCCACGUGGAUGUGAGGCCCGCGCCGGAGGUCCCAGAUGAGGGGGUCUCAACGGUGGAGGUGGACGGGCCGGUGGCGGACCCCGAGCCCAGGGGACUCCCGGACGAGGCGCAGGUGUCUGACGGGGUCGGGCUGGUGUUUGGCUUCCCCUCCCCCCUCCUGGCCUCCGACCUCCCAGACAUCCCCCUCCUCCCCCAGGAACACAGCCAGGGCCCGGACGUCACGCGCACCCUGGAGCGCCACGCACCCCUCCCCCCGCUCCCCACCUCUGUGGGAGGGGGCGAGCGGGUGCACCGACCGGCGGACAUUUUGGACCAGGUGCCUCUCUCUGACCAGGCGUACUCGGACUCCUCGGUUCCCUCCAAACCGCCGCGGCAGUUGGCCGCGGAGCCAGACAUUGUGGCGAGCACCAAGAAGCCCCCUCCCUCGAGACCCCCUCCUCCCGGCUCCUUCCCGCCCCCCAGACCCCCGCCCCCGUCCUGGCAGACCCUGACGCUCGGCAAGCGCAGCCAGGAGGCCCGGCCCAGCGGAUUGGAAGCAGGGCUCCCCCCACCCGUGGACUCUCUGGAGUCGUCUGGCCUGCUGUCUCCCAGCAGCACGGUGCGGGGCAUCACCCGGGAGCUGCAGCACUCCCUGGACCUCGCCAGCGCCACCAGCGGGGAGAAGGUGGUGACGGCCCGGGAGAACGAGGGGGAGCAGGCCUCAACACCCAGCGGCGAACACACCCCCGGACCCCAGCGGCCACGCUCCAACUCUGGCCGAGAGCUGACCGAUGACGAGAUCCUGGCCAGCGUGAUGAUCAAGAACCUGGACACGGGGGAGGAGAUCCCUCUGAUCCAGGCGGAGGAGAAGCUCCCGGCGGCCAUCAACCCCCUCACCCUCCACAUCAUGAGGAGGACCAAGGAGUACAUAACUAACGACGCAGCGCAGUCGGAUGACGACGACAAGGCUUCGGCCGCCAUGUCGGACACAGACGGCGGGAAACUCAAACAGAAGACGACGCAGCUGAAGAAGUUCCUGGGCAAGUCUGUGAAGAGAGCCAAGCAUCUGGCAGAGGAGUACGGAGAGAAGGCGGUGAACAAAGUGAAGAGCGUCCGCGACGAAGUAUUCCACACGGACCCUGAUGACCCUUCCUCCAGCGACGACGAGGGCAUGCCCUACACGCGGCCCGCCAAAUUCAAGGCGGCGCACAGUUUCAAGGGACCCUUCGACUUCGAUCAGAUAAAGGUCGUCCAGGACCUCAGUGGGGAACACACGGGGGCGGUCUGGACCAUGAAGUUCUCCCACUGCGGCCGGCUGCUGGCCACCGCGGGCCAGGACAACGUGGUGCGCAUCUGGGUUUUGAAAAACGCCUUUGACUACUUCAACAACAUGAGGAUCAAGUACAACACUGAAGGCCGCGUGUCGCCGUCCCCUUCUCAGGAAAGCAUGUGCUCGUCUAAAUCGGACACGGACCCUGGGGCCAACGGGGGUCCUGAAGACCCCGACUCGGAGGACCGUAACGCCCCAUUCCGCCAGAUCCCCUUCUGCAAGUACAAGGGCCACACCGCUGACCUGCUGGACCUCUCCUGGUCCAAAAACUUCUUCCUGCUCUCGUCGUCGAUGGACAAGACAGUCCGCCUGUGGCACAUCUCCAGGAGAGAGUGUCUGUGCUGCUUCCAGCACAUCGACUUCGUCACGGCCAUCGCCUUCCACCCCAGAGACGACCGGUACUUCCUGAGCGGCUCGCUGGACGGGAAGCUGAGGCUGUGGAACAUUCCAGACAAGAAGGUGGCGCUGUGGAACGAGGUGGACGGGCAGACGCGACUCAUCACCGCCGCCAACUUCUGCCAGAACGGGAAGUACGCCGUGAUCGGGACGUACGACGGACGCUGCAUCUUCUACGACACCGAGCGUCUGAAGUACCACACCCAGAUCCACGUCCGCUCCACCAGGGGAAGGAACAGGGUGGGCCGCAAGAUCACCGGCAUCGAGCCCCUGCCCGGAGAGAACAAGAUCCUGGUGACGUCCAACGACUCGCGCGUCCGCCUGUACGACCUGCGGGACCUAUCCUUGUCCAUGAAGUACAAGGGCUACGUCAACAGCAGCAGCCAGAUCAAGGCCAGCUUCAGCCACGACUACUCCUUCAUCGUCAGCGGCUCGGAGGACAAGUACGUUUAUAUCUGGAGCACGUACCACGACCUGAGCAGGUUCACCCCCGUUCGGCGCGACCGCAAUGACUUCUGGGAAGGGAUUAAAGCGCACAACGCCGUGGUGACCUCGGCCGUGUUCGCUCCCCACCCCGCCCUCAUCGUCCCCCCGGAGACCCCCACGGAGACGCCUGAGGCAGAGAGCCAGGAACUGGACGACACACACUCUGAGACUAUUCCCUCAGGGGCUCUGAAGACGGACCACACCGAGGUCCUGGUCUCGGCCGACUUCACGGGCGCCAUCAAGGUCUUCGUCAACGUGAAGAAGUACUGAGCUCCGGGGCUUGGCGGUCCUCCUCACCCCC